AUGACCCUCGAAGUCUGGCCACACAUCUCCCCCGAGGAGCUACAAAUAAAGGCCGCCGAAUCUCUCGACCGCGAACUCCAAUGGAUAACCCAAGAAACAAUAACCCUCUGCCACGAGCUCAAGCACGGCAUAGAAGACUGCUACGCGCUCCUCGCGCCCAUCGACCCCGGCAGCACCCUCGUCAUGAGCACCCACCGCAACGAGAAAGUAAAAGGAACAAUAACCCGCGUAGGAACCCGCCUCGUGAAAGGAACUCUCAACCUCCAACUACGAACCCUCCCCCCACAGCAAAUACACCUCUCGGCCCUCGAGCCCAUCCACAUCCGCCCCCUCGACACGAUACACACCCGUCUCACACAGGCCAUCGACCUCCUCGGCCUCCUGCUAAGCAGCAACCCCUCCGCAGAGAGCAUCGCCUCCGCGCUCACCGCACUCGCAGAAUGUCUAUCCGAAUCCGCAGCCCUGCUUAGGGGUUCAACGACCAGUGAACCCGAUGCAGCGUGGCAGACGAGCUCGUGUCCCGCGCACCACUUUUCGCCGGCGUUACCGGAGGGAUUGAGCUUUUACAUGACGCUACAGGAGAGUAGUUUGGUGUUGUGGCUGCGGUCGUUGGAGCCGGCUGAUGCGCCGGUUAAUUUUGGCAUGAAGCUGGGGCUGGCGAUUGGGACGGUGAGGAGGCUGGAGCAUGAUGAGAUGGAUACGGUGUUUAGGUUUAAUCCUGAUGGGGAUGGGGGCUGUGAACCAAAGAGGGGUGGAUUAGAGGGUAGACUGGGUGGCAGGAAAGAUAGGACGGCGGAUGUACUUGUCAGGGAAAAGGUGAGGAUAGAAAGUGCUGAUCCGAGCUUGAUCUCGUUGUAUUCCAAGUUGGGCUUCUUGAGCCACAUGUUGAGUCAGGCGAGGUAUAAUUUGGCGGCAGUCAUGGGUGUGGAUUUGGAUAUGGAUAGCUAG